AUGCUCCAGACGCAGAUGCUCGUCCCAGUCUCCCACUACCCGUCACACCCAAGCCAAAUGGAAGAUGGCAGGCCCUCCACCACCUGCACCUUGGAGGAGGAGCUGUCUCCAUGCCACCUGCUGACAGUGAGGGUCAUCCGGAUGAAAAACGUCCGACAGGCUGACGUGGCAAGCCAGACAGACUGCUUUGUGAGCCUCUGGCUGCCCACCACCUCUCAUAAGAGGCUGAGGACUAGGACCAUCUCCAACUGCCGAAACCCAGAGUGGAAUGAAACCUUCAAGUUCCAGAUCCAGACCCAAGUGAAGAACGUGCUAGAGCUGAGCGUCUGUGAUGAAGACACAGUGACACCAGAUGACCAUUUCUUGACAGUUCUCUAUGACCUCACCAAGCUCUGCUUCCGAGAGAAAACGCACGUGAAGUUCCCACUCAACACAGAGGGCAUGGAGGAACUGGAGGUGGAGUUCCUGCUGGAGGAGAGCCCCUCUCCACCUGAAAGUCUCAUCACCAAUGGCGUGCUGGUGUCUCGACAAGUGUCCUGCCUGGAGGUUCAUGCAGAAUCCAGGAGACAGAAGAAUAGGAAAAUGAAGGGCCUCCUGGUGACAGUGACGGAGUCCUUCGAGCACACCCAGCACAUCUCACACUGCCUGGAGCCCUGCCGCCCAAACCCUGCCUGCUUCCACUUCCCCAAGUACUUCCAGCCCCAGGUCCAGGUGGAGGUGCCCAAGAGCCAACGGAGCUCUGAGCUUUCCUGCUGCGGUGCGGGCAAGAAUGGCCCUGUGUGCCAGCCCCUGGAUUGCCUCCGUGACGGCCAGGCGGUGACCCUGCCUGUGAACAAGAAUUGUGAAUUACACAUGAAGUCUACACCCUGCUCCCAGGCACUGGACGUGCGGCUGGGCUUCAGCCUGUGCCAGGCAGAGCUGGAGUUCCUGCAGAAGCGGAGGGUGGUGGUGGCUGAGGCGCUGAAGGAGGUGUUGCAGCUGGAGGAGGACCUGCAGGCAGACGAGGUCCCACUGAUAGCCAUCAUGGCCACUGGGGGUGGAAUAAGAUCCAUGACUGCCAUGUAUGGCCACCUGCUGGGGCUGCAGAAGCUGAACAUCCUGAACUGUGCCAGCUACAUCACUGGCCUGUCGGGGGCCACCUGGACCAUGGCUACCUUGUACCGUGACCCUGACUGGUCCUCCAAAAACCUGGAGCUUGCCAUCCACGAGGCGCGGAGGCACGUAGUCAAGGACAAGAUGCCCGCUCUGUUCCCAGAUCAGCUCCUCAGAUUCCAGGAGGAGCUGCAGCAGCGCAGGCAGGAAGGCUACAAAGUCACCUUCACAGACUUCUGGGGCCUGCUGGUCGAGGCCUGUCUGGCGGACGAGAGAAAUGAAUGCAAACUGUCAGAUCAGAGUGCUGCUUUGUGCCAGGGCCAGAACCCCCUGCCCAUCUACCUCACCAUCAAUGUCAAGGAUGAUGUAAGCAACCAGGAUUUCAGAGAGUGGUUCGAGUUCUCCCCCUACGAGGUGGGCCUGCCGAAGUAUGGAGGCUUCAUUCCCACCGAGCUCUUCGGCUCCGAGUUCUUCAUGGGGCGGCUUAUGAGGAGGAUCCCAGAGUCGCGGAUAUGCUACAUGCUAGGUUUGUGGAGCAGCAUCUUCUCCCUGAACCUGCUCGAUGCCUGGAAUUUGUCCCACACCUCGGAGGAGUUUUUCCACAGGUGGACAAGGGAGAGAGUGCAUGAUAUCGAAGACGAGCCACUCCUACCUGAAAUCCCCAAAUGUGAUGCCAACAUCCUGGAUACCACCGUGGUGAAGCCAGGGUCAUGGCUGUCCAAGACUUUCCGCAACAUCCUCACCUACCGGGGCUUUGUGUCUGAGUUCCACAACUUCCUGCUGGGGCUGCAGCUGCACACCGACUACCACCAGAAUGGCCAGUUCUCCACAUGGAAAGACACGGUGCUGGAUGGCUUCCCAAACCAGCUGACAGGGUCCGUGAAACACUUGUGCCUGCUGGACACUGCAUUCUUCGUCAACUCCAGCUACCCGCCCAUCCUCAGGCCGGAGAGAAAAGCUGACCUCAUCAUCCACCUCAAUUACUGUGCUGGGUCCCAGACAAAGAACUUCUGCUGCCAGUGUCCUUGUCCCCACAGUGAGCCACAGCCACCCCCGCCUCUGCAGGAGACCCUCCAACACUAG